GUGGACUAUGAUGCCGUUAAGACACAGCCCAGUCAUUUCCAGUGGGCGACAAUCAGGCUCAGGUGACCUAACAACAAACCUUCACCUGUGACUCCAGUUUGAAGUCCAACCUUCAGAUAAAGACGCUGUGCCGUAGCUGCUGUCAAUCCGCACCAUGGGACCGUUUUUGCUGGCGGUGCUUUUGGUGCUGUGGCGAUGUCCGUGUCGGUGUGACGGAGGCAACAUCCUGGUGUUCCCGGUGGACGGCAGCCACUGGAUCAACAUGAAGGUUCUUAUGGAGGAACUCCACCAGAGAGGACACCGUAUGACGGUCGUCAGAGCCUCCAACAGCAUCUACGUGCCUCAAAGUUCGCCGCUCUACACCACCGUCACCAUCGACGUAGAGGGAGGGUGGGAGGAAUUUUUCCAAUUUCUAGAGGAAUUCAUUAAGGCCCUCCGACACGGCCGAACCAUGCACCUAGAGUUUGCCCAAAUGAUCCUGAGAGCUCACUCGGUGUGGGGCGCCGCCCUUUCCGAGCUCCUGGAUGACCGAGAGACGGUCCGGAGCUUUAGAGACUCCCGCUUCGACCUGGUCCUGACCGACCCGGCCAUCGCUCCCGGCGUGAUUCUGGCCAAGUACCUGGAACUUCCGCUGGUGCUCAAUGUUCGUUGGAUCCAAGGCGGAGAAGGACACUUUGCCGUAGCCCCCUCGCCUCUAUCCUACAUUCCCGUGCCGGGAUCGGGCCUGACGGACAAGAUGGAUUUCUUCCAGAGGGUGCAGAACGUCUUCUACUACGCGGCGGGCCUCUUGCAGCAGAAAUUCCUGAUCGAGCCCAUCUAUAACGCCCUUUGCGAGAAGCACAUCCGCGGCGGAUGCGACAUCAACUCUCUAAUCCAGCAAGCGGACAUUUUGCUCUUCCGCACAGAUUUCGUCUUCGAUUUCCCUCGUCCCACCAUGCCUAACGUGGUCUACAUAGGCGGCUUCCAGUGCCGGUCCGCCGGGCCGCUGCCCGCGCAGCUGGAGGACUUUGUUCAGAGCGCCGGUGAGCACGGCGUGAUCGUAAUGAGUCUCGGCAGUCUGGUCAACGCCAUGCCCGAAAGCGACGCUGAGGAAAUCGCCGCCGUCUUUGCCAGGUUGCCGCAGAAGGUGGUUUGGCGCCACAAAGGUCCUCGGCCGUCCACGCUGGGCAACAACACCCUGAUGUUGGACUGGAUGCCCCAAAAGGAUCUCCUGGGUCACCCGCAGACCAAAGUCUUUGUGGCCCACGGGGGUACCAACGGACUCCAGGAAGCCAUCUUCUACGGCGUCCCCGUCCUGGGCAUCCCGCUCUUCUUUGACCAAUUUGACAACCUGCUGCGCUUAGAACACAGAGGAGCCGCCAAGAUUCUGGAACUGGUGGAUCUCAGCCAAGGCUUUGAGGCCAGCCUCAAGGAGCUUUUGAGCCAAGACGGCUACCGACGCAAUAUGCGGAGGCUGUCGGAACUACACCGCGAUCAGCCCCUGACCCCCAUGGAGCGGGCCGUCUUCUGGGUGGAGUACGUGAUGCGACACAAAGGGGCGCCGCACCUGCGCACCCGGGCUUACGAGAUGCCCUGGUACGCGUACUAUGGUGUCGACGUGGCUUUGGUUUUGGCGGCCGUUCCGGCUGCUACCGCUUUGCUGGCGGUGGUCUUUGUCAGGUUCUUCUGCUGUAGGAAGACCACAAAAAGCAAAACUAAACAACACUAAGAACUAGAAAUGGACAUUUUUGGAGAAAUUGCGACGGUACCUUUGCCGUAUUGGUGUAUUGGCUCACUUCCUGUUCAUUUUGAGGCAUUUAGUGGUCACUUCCUGCUGAUGAUUUGGGGGUGUUUCAGUGUGUAUUCAUUUGAUCACGGGUUGCUUCCUGUUACUCACAGAUCACGGCCUAUCAAUGGAAUGGAGACUAGAGCUAUUGUAAAGGAACAAGGAAUUAUAUUCAUUGGAAAUA